AUGCUUGUUGAUAUCAAUAGGCUCCCCAAGAGAUAAAUGUUCUGUCAAGUCAAGUGACACGGCCUUCAAGAGGUUCAUUCCCGGAUGUUCGCCGGACAAGAGUUUUACCCCACUUCAAUGUGACUUCCGGUACGGAUAUUGCUGGUGCUCAGAUACAAAUGGCAAUUGGUUCCCAUCGGCAAUAGUUCGUGGAAAAGCAGUAUGCCCUGGCCCGAAAUAUUCGCCUUGCAAGAUCCACGAGCAUAUGGUCCUGGGACCAACGGGCAAGGCCCAAGAAGGUGCCUUUAUACCGCAGUGUCUGGACAGCGGUCUUUACGAUAGAGUACAAUGUGACGGUUCUUCUUCGUAUUGUUGGUGUGUCGACGAUAAUGGAUUCGAGGAACCAGGGACUCGGGAAUUUGGACGSCCGAACUGCGAUGAAAAAGUGGGGCAUUCUGGGAACGGAAAUGGGCAUGAAAAACGCAGUGAAACACCUUGUCACCAGGCCCGCCAAAGGGUACUCGGACUWUGGGAGCUUCCAAGUCCCAGGCUCUUUGUUCCAGAAUGUGACACAGACGGCUCAUACAAAAGAACCCAGUGUCACGAGACUACAGGUCAUUGCUGGUGYGUUGACAAAUAUGGACAAGAAAUACCAGGAACAAGAAUUAUGGGUAAACAGACAUGCGCACYACAGAGAAAUCUGACCGUUUGUCAGCGAGAUCGCAUGAGAGGACUGGGUUGGAAUGGAAGGUUGAUAUACGGGUUAUUUGUGCCCAGUUGUCGCAUGGAUGGUAGUUUUGAGCCGAUUCAGUGCCAAAAAUCAACGGGUCAAUGUUGGUGUGUUGAUGGCAUGGGUAAUGAGCUAUAUGGRACUAGACAAAGUGGUCAAGUUACUUGUGAAAAGCAAGURGGUAAAACACGUUGUCAACAAGUUGCUUUAAGUUCCMUCGAUGGUAAGUCCGACCCCAUCAAAUGUGACAAAGACGGUGGAUUCGCCCCUAUGCAGUGUUCAAUCGGUAAUGGUGAACCUAGACAAUGUUGGUGUGUUGACAGACAAGGGAAAGAGAUCCCAAGRACGCGGUCCUCAGGAAGCAUUGAUUGCAAUGAUGUAUCAGCGGGUCUCUCAAAGUGUCAGCGAGAGCGGCAACUAACGUUAGGUUGGUCAGGACAAGCACGACAAGACGCGUUUAUUCCAGAUUGCUCGUCUGAUGGCAGUUAUGAGAGCGUUCAGUGUCAUCAGGUGACAGGGUUUUGUUGGUGUACGGAUGGAAACGGCAAUGAAAUAGUCGGGACUAGAAUUCGUGGAAGACCUGURUGUACAAGAAAAGCCUCUCGUUCGUCCUGUCUUAUCGAAAGGCAGCGUGCAAUGGGGUGGUCUCGUCUUCCAAACGGUGCCUUUGUACCUGAUUGUCGUCCAGAUGGUCGAUAUAACCCGGUACAAUGCUACAAAGGCACAUGUUGGUGCGUCAACGAAUUUGGCUACGAAAUGCCCAGGACAAGAAACAAAUYGGGUCGCCCUGAUUGUAACAAAAAGCCCGAAUCUUUUACACUAUGUCAACAAUGGCGAGCCCGCAUUUURGGAAAGGCUAUGCACAGCAGUUUACCAAGAGAAGUGUUUGUUCCCGAGUGUGAUUCARAGGGAGUCUUCKCUYCCAAGCAGUGCCAUAUGUGGACUGGCUAUUGCUGGUGUGUGGAUGGGUUUGGGAAUGUCAUUGCCGAUACUUACACUAAUGGACAACUGGAUUGCGCUAAAAAACAAAGAACAACAAAAUGUCAAAAGCAACGCAUGGAUUCCAAGAAAAACAAUUUGAACCCUCCAGUCUGCACUAAAUCUGGCGGCUAUAAACUCGAUCAGUGUGACAAGUCCUUAGGGGAAUGCUGGUGCGUUGAUCACCUUGGUAACGAAAUCACUGGGUCACGUGUCAAAGAUUCCGCCAUUGUUUGUGAACCUGCAGAUGGACUAACGUCCUGUCAGAGGGAAAAGCGCCGUGCACACGGCUUUGUUGACAAAGCUAUCAAAGGACGAUUUGUUCCACGCUGUAAAGCUGAUGGUAGCUACGAUGAUAUUCAGUGUCAAGAUAGUGGUUACUGCUGGUGCGUGGACGCUGAAGGAGUCGAGGUCCUGGGCACGAGAAAAAAAGGAACUCCACUGUGCUUUGCAGCUGCAAGCCUAAGUAAAUGUCAACAAGAAAGGGAAAUAGUGGAAGAGCAGUACUCAUUGUCUGGAGAUUCAGGUCAGUUUGUUCCCAAAUGUCGAGAUGAUGGCUCCUACGAUGAAAUCCAAUGUAAUAGAAAAUCUGGAGAGUGCUGGUGCGUCGAUGAUAACGGCAGGGAGAGGACUGGUACACGCCAGUUAGGGGAACCAUUUGAUUGCAACGAACAAGUUUACUCCCUUUGUCGUCGCGAACGCAAUCGCGCACUCGGAUGGACUGGAAUCUAUAUACCCAAUGUAUUUGUUCCUGARUGCAAAAUCGAUGGUUUGUUUGAACCGGUCCAGUGCCACGCCCCUUCUGGUUUCUGUUGGUGUGUGAACCGUUAUGGCCAGGAAAUACCUGGAACUAGAGUUAAGGGUGCAGCUUCAUGUUCACGGGCGUCAGCUGUGCCUAGUAUGUGUGUGAUGGACCAGCUACGAGCUCUCAUUUGGUCAGAACAACUUGACUCCAUAUAUGGCAUGUUCUCGCCCGCCUGUACAAAAGAUGGUCGUUAUAAGCCAGUACAGUGCAAUGACGUCACAGGAUAUUGCUGGUGUGUCGACAGUAGGGGAAAUGAGCUUUGGGGUACUAGAGUCCGUGGAAAAGCACCAGACUGCGUGAACAAUCCUAAAAACAUUACUGAGUGUACGAAGUCCUUGCAAGGAGGCCAGCAAAGAGUAGAUUACUUUAUUGGUCGCUUUGUGCCGCGUUGUGAUUCCAAUGGUGCUUACAAACCUGUACAAUGCGACCCUUCKGGCUACUGCUGGUGCGUAGAUCGAUAUGGACAAGAACUACCCAGGACUAAAGCCAAGGGAAUUCCAAAGAGCUGUGGCUUGUUUGCCGGUACAACCGCUUGUCAAAGAGAUCGCUUUUUGUCGAUGUCUUCAAAUGGUGUCAGUGGUCAGGGACGCUUUGAAGCGCAAUGUGAACAACAAGGGACCUACAAAAGACUGCAGUGUGACAAGUCAUCGGGCUACUGUUGGUGUGUGGAUGAAUUUGGAAAUGAAAUUCCAAGGACACAGUCACGACAAAGGACAACUUGUGAUAUUGAUG